GGGGAGGAAGCGGCGCCCGGCCGGAGGCCUCGGACCGCGCGCCCCCCGCGCCCCGCGUGCCCCGCGCUCGCGGCACCAUGGCCCCCACGCUGCUGCUGGUCCUCUGCCUGCUGCCCGGCUUGCAGGCGCGGUCCAGGAAGGCGGAGGAGGAGGACCAGGAAGACACGGCGUCGAACCAGAAGUGGGUCCUGGCCCCCAAAUCCCAGGACACGGACGUGACGCUCAUUCUCAACAAGCUGCUGAGAGAAUACGACAAGAAGCUGCGGCCGGACAUCGGCAUGAGACCCACCGUCAUCGAUGUCGACAUCUACGUGAACAGCAUCGGGCCUGUGUCGUCCAUAAACAUGGAAUACCAGAUCGACAUAUUUUUUGCGCAGACCUGGACGGACAGCCGCCUUCGCUUCAACAGCACCAUGAAGAUCCUGACCCUCAACAGCAACAUGGUGGGGCUGAUCUGGAUCCCCGACACCAUCUUCCGCAACUCCAAGACGGCCGAGGCCCACUGGAUCACCACCCCCAACCAGCUGCUGCGCAUCUGGAACGACGGCAAGAUCCUCUACACACUGAGGCUCACCAUCAAUGCCGAGUGCCAGCUGCAGCUGCACCACUUCCCCAUGGACGAGCACUCCUGCCCGCUGAUCUUCUCCAGCUAUGGCUACCCCAAAGAAGAAAUGAUCUACAGAUGGAGGAAGAACUCCGUUGAGACGGCUAACCAGAAGUCCUGGCGGCUUUAUCAGUUUGACUUCAUGGGCCUCAGGAACACCACAGAAGUCCUGACGACAUCUGCAGGGGACUACGUCAUCAUGACCAUCUACUUUGAGCUGAGCCGGCGGAUGGGGUACUUCACCAUUCAGACGUACAUCCCCUGCAUCCUGACCGUGGUCCUGUCCUGGGUGUCAUUCUGGAUCAAGAAAGACGCCACACCAGCGAGAACAGCACUAGGCAUCACCACGGUGCUGACCAUGACCACGCUCAGCACCAUCGCCAGGAACUCGCUGCCCCGCGUGUCCUACGUGACCGCCAUGGACCUCUUCGUGACCGUGUGCUUCUUGUUCGUCUUCGCUGCUCUGAUGGAGUAUGCCACCCUCAACUACUAUUCCAGCUGUAGGAAGCCAGCCAUCAUGAAGAAGAAAACAUCAUUAUUGCGUCCAGACUCCUCAAGGUGGAUCCAUGAGCGGAUAACCCUGCAGGCCCCCUCCAACUACUCCCUCCUGGACGUGCGGCCCCCACCGCCCGCGAUGGUCACCUUCAACAACUCCCUGUACUGGCAGGAACUGGAGGAGACCUGCGUCUAUGAGUGUCUCGACGGCAAGGACUGUCAGAGUUUCUUCUGCUGCUACGAAGAGUGCAGAUCCGGGUCCUGGAGGAAAGGGCGCAUCCACAUAGACAUCUCGGAGCUGGACGCGUACUCCCGCGUCUUCUUCCCCACGUCGUUCCUGCUCUUCAACCUGGUCUACUGGGUCGGGUACCUGUAUCUCUGAGCGUUGCCGGUGAUGAGGAGGGACUGUGCCAGGCUCCCCUCGCUCCCUGCCGCCCUCCCAGGCCCCUAGUGACCGAUCGGAGUAGCAAGGAGGGCGCGGCUCGGUUUACCUGCCCUCACACCUCACCCCACCUCUGAGCAGCGUGGGAGAACACGGCAAAUAUGCUCAUUAUGUGUUUCACCCUCACACGCGCACGUGCACAGACACACACACACACACACACACACACACACACACACACACUGGGUUUUCAAGGGACAUUCUUGCUAAUCCCCUCCUGAACCUGCAGCUUGGUGAUGUUCAUGAAUGGUUCCCGGGAUGUUGGAAGUGGCUUCCGAUUAUCCUUGCAAAGAAAUCUCUUCACAGACGCAAGCAAAUGUCUGAGACGCUCUCUCAGACCCCGACCGACCGGCCAGCUCUUUCCUUUGUCGCCCUCGGCGGCACCAGCACCCACGUGUGCGGGGUGACUGCAGCUGAGACACACUCCUACUGCCCUCAGCCCCAUGCCCCCUCCACCCCUCGGGGCAGCCCGGGUUCAAGUGUGAACGGUGGUGAGUUUCGAACCCGUUUCCCCGCUCUGUGGCCUGUUUUGCUCCGGCACCGCCGUGGUUAGCUGCCAUUCCUUUGGGGAGGGGGUACAUGCAUCAUCCCUCGGUUUCCCGUGGAGGAAACAAUCGGAUUUUCAAAGGUUUUCAUGUGGCUGAGGUCAACGAUGUUGAUGAUCACUGAGCAUCAGAAGGUCAUCGCUUUACUGCAGACCACUGGGAGUCGGGGCGUCCCAGCCGUGGGGUCUUGGGCUGGUCGGCUUGCGUCCGCUUUGUGCCCGGGGUCCUGUUUGACUGGACCGCUUGGGGCAACCCCGGAACGUGUGUCCUGCGGCUGCUCUGCUAACACGCUUUGACGAUCAUCUCCAUCUUUCCAAGCGACGCACACGCCAUGCCCACGCCUGUCUCAAACGUGUUUUCCAGCGUGUGAACGAAAUGUAGAUACAAUUUUAAAGAUUUUCUUAGUGCAUAUUAACUUCCAAGUUGGAUCACUUCAGAUGCCAAAAAAAAAAAAAGGAAACGGCUGUCUUUAGUGAUAUAUUUUGAUGCACAAAAAUGCUUUUAUACUUUGAAAUAUGGAUACCUAGCAAAAGCCCAAAGAAACGAUUCCCUGAAAUUAUUACUCUUUUGAUAUUUUUAUAACAAAACCAACUCGCUUCGUGAUGUUAGUUGUUUGUUUGUUUUUUGGGUUUUUUUUUUUUCCCCACUGGAUGCCCGUGUGUACUUCCCCAGAUGCUUCCGGAGCUCCCACCACAUACAGGAAAACAAAAAAGAAAGGGCCUACCAGCUGGUUAAUUUCCAUGCUAAAAUUUUAGGACCAGAAUCUCUGUGCUUCUUGCCCAGAAAGUUGCAUUAAUUCUAUUGGCAGGCAUAGGAUUUUAGCUUAGUGAUCUAUUGGACGUACUGUGUCUCAGAACAAAGAAAAGAUAAACCAUGAUGCAGAGAAAAUACAGAAAAGUGCUGAUUCCACACCAUUUAUUGGAUGCUGACCAGACCCAGGAGGGAAUGGGAGGGGAAGAGGCCGGGAAGGGUGACAUAGAGGAAUCUGUCUGUUUUGAUGACUUCACUGCCUAUCCAGGGAGUGAAAAUCUCAGGGUGUAGGUUCACCCAGUGUCCAAGGGUUAGGUCUGUGGUGUGAGGCACUCGAGCCCCAUAGACCGCAAGCCAGUUGGCUUCUACUUAGCAAAUCCAGUUUUAAAAGUAAGUUGAUAAAUGUUUGCAGAGAAACUGGCGGGAUCUCUUGGCUUCGAUGAAAAUUCUGCUCUUUUGAGAAUUUCACCCGUCGGUGGAUCCACCACCUCCCACGCCCCCGUGGCCGGGCGGGACGUGAGCAUGUCCCACCAGAGUGCCGAGCACCCAGGGAAGGCGGGCCCGAGGCCGGUCCUCUUCCAACACAGCUGCCAAUCUCACGGAUUUAUCAUUCCUCGCCGUGUGAAGGGUUUCCACCUAUUGCACCUUCAACGAAGUUCUGGAGGGAUGGAAUUUUCCAGUGAAAUUCUUCUUGGGAGGAAAGUAGCCGACACGCAUUUUUUUUUAAUCACACAGACCUGACCCAAUUUUACCUUAAAAAAAAAAUUGUUUUUACGGAUGCCUCUCCUUUCAAAGCCACGCAAGACCCGGGCGUUGUUGGCGAUGCUCAUGAAAUGAUGCUCACUGGCCGUGCAGACCAAUAACCUCUGUUUGCGUCCCCCAGCCUGCCGGUUCACACGUGGCUCCUUUUCCACGAAGGAGCGCCUUCAUCUCGACAGUGCCCAGUCGACGUUCACGCGUUGAGCACGAACUAGAUUCCUGCACCGACAGCAAUGCAUGCUCCGGGCUGACUUCAAGGGGCUGACCCACGCCAGGACCAUGCCCCUGCCUGGUCCUCAGCAGGCUUCC